ACACACUAAUUCUUGGCCUCUGUAAUCAUGUUAUUCGAAAAAUAAUACAGUUUUUCCAUUCAAUUGCCUUCUCGAUCAUUAUAUUGUUUGCUAACAUUAGCCCACUCAAAGCGCCCAUUAAAAGUGCGAUACAACAUUCAUUAUCAUACCUUAUCUCGACAUGGAUUAUUGGAAAUAAUAUAUCACACGCAUUUUCACAUAAUGAACUCUUAAUAGUGCCGGUAGUGACGAUACAGUCAGCUUUUAGAAGGAUAGUGACAAAAGUGAAAUAGAUGUUCUAUAAUUUUGGUGCUUUUCCCCUAAAUUUAACUCUAUUUAAGGAAUAUUUUUUGCUUUGUGUAUUUUACGAAGAUGAUAUAAAAAAUAUUAUAAAUAGUUUUGCAGAAGUUAAUAACUAUGCAUAUAGCUCAAGUUGGUUUCGUAAAGGGACGUAAUGUAGUAUCUACAGUUGCCAGAAACACAUCUUGCGACCGCGGAUGGCUGCGUUUGGUGGUUCAGAUCAUCUUUGGCACCCUCAUAGUGUCAAGUUUCAUCCUCAUAAUGUUGAUGGUGGUGGGGAAACCUGCCCGGAGCACGCCGUCCUCUUCACGAUGCACUGUUACUAACUGUCGAGUAACAUGUAAAAACGCCCCUUACUAUGGAGAAUAUGAAGAAGAUAUCAUCAACGCCGCUUCGGAAGCAAACUUACAAUGUAAAAGCAUAAUUUUGAAGUUAGUUGGUCCUACUUUUAAGAAUUUCCAAAUACCACACAGCUGGCUUUGGAGCAUGAGUUCAAAUGUGCGAGAACUGUCCAUCGUUGGAGGGAAUACUAAACAAAUAUCACCCGAUGCAUUUAUGAGCCCAUUUGGUGGAAACAUCAAGAUUCUUACUCUCGAAGAAAUAGAAAUAAACGUAUGGGAGAAAGAUAUGCUACUAGGACUGUCAAAUUUGGAAAAGUUGUUUCUCAGAGACUGUAUACUUUCCGAAAUAAGAAAAGAUGCUUUAGCUCCAGUUGAUGACAGCCUAAAAUUUUUAAAUAUACAAGCAAGUGAUGUUUGGGAUCCCGUCAAUAUCACAGGAACUACCAAACUUUUGGAAUUGAGUAUUGUGGAUUUUUCUUCAAACAUUUUUCGCAACAAUCUUGGGAAUGCAAGCUUUUUUAAGCUAAGAGCAUGCAAAAUUUUAUAUUUGAAUUCUUGCCAAAUAAUUUCACUUGAACCAGGUACCUUUGACUACUUGGAAAACAUAGAAAUUUUGUAUCUCAACGAAAAUUUCAUAGUCACUAUCCCAAUUGGGCUAUUUGAUAGAAUUCUGCCACGUGAUCCAAGAAUCGCUUUGCAGGAUAAUUUAUGGCAUUGCGAUUGUUCAAGGGAAGAUUUAAGAAACAUUGCCCGGGAAGAACUACUAAUUGUAGAUCCUGUUUGUCACACUCCAGUUGCAAUGGAUGGUAUGACGUUUUCUGAUUUUGAGGGAUAUUGCCAAACCAAAUAUGAUAAUGAUUUAGAAAAUUCUGAACAACGGGGCAUUUCGAAGUCAAAUCCGAUUAUUAACGAUACAUCUAAAAUUAUUUAUAUGAAUGGUGCUUGUCAUGGGAACAUUUCAACAAAAAAUAACCACGUUGAGGACACUUUGCGAGUGAUAGCAAAUUCAGACCAUCAAAAUUGUUUGUUAAAUAGAAUAAAUAGACAAGAUAUUUCAUCAGUCUCCAAUAACAAUGACGAUGGACUUGUAUCUACAAGUGGUAGCUGGAUAAAACCCGUAUUUUUUGUUCAAAAUAACCCAUAUUCGAUGGUUGAAAUAAUUUCAUCAACACUACCAGGCUAUGGUUUACUCUGGUACCAGUCAUCGUGUGCAGAUGUAGUUUACUGUGUUAACACUGUACCCCGAUUACUGAAAGUUUUCAACGUAGACUUGGGUACCGAUUUUACCUUUUGUCCGUUUAAUUUAUCUUCUGGUACAGUCAGAAGUACUCACUGUGUUUCUUAUAACUUAGCAAACGUAAAAACAAAUAGUAAUUUUACAUUCAAGUCUCAUGAACUUAUCUGGUUUAUUGGUUUAUCUUUAGGCUGUCUUAUGAGUGGAGCCAUUUGUGUAUACGGUAUGAUUCAAAGGAAUCCUACGCUUUUAAAAGGCAGUAAACGAGUUUUAUUUGUCAAACAUAGAUCUGUCGAAGCGCUUAUUCUUCCUCCAAAGCUGCCUUUGAGGAAAUUCGAUAGAGAAUCGAGUAUAACAACUAGACAUAUUUAUGAAAAAAAGAAAAUAUUCGUUUUGCCAUACAGAAGGGAAACAUUAACUUGUCCAAAUUUCGCUCGUUCUUUCUCCAUGAAAAGUAAUGAGAGUAACGAUGUAAGUUACAUAUCAGCGUUACAGCCUACUGAUGAACAACUUACUGAAUGGCGUUCUAAUCAAAUUUUGAAACAAUUCGACGACAUGCCUUCUUCUAAUAUCAGCGUGAUUCCCUACACCAGCUUUUACGAGCGGGAGUCGUUGCCUUUUUAUUCGUUCAAUAACGAUGAGAAGGUUUACGAAAUUCCUAAGCAAUUUUGAAUACAUCAUCAUCAUCAUCAGCCUGUGGACGUCCACUGUUGGACAUAGGCCUUCCCUAAAGAGCGCCACCACACCCGGUCCUCAGCCUUCCUCAUCCAGCCACAUACAUUUGAAUAAAUAUUUGUUCUAAAGUAUAAGCGUAAGCAAAUAGAAUCACGGAAUCUAUUUUAGGGACCGCAAAUAACUCUAAUGAUUGAAUUUAUAUUAGAAGACAAUUGAAAUUAAUUGUAUUAUUUUACUCAAACUUUAAAAUAUUCAACAGCUUCAAGUAAAAAGUUUUAGAUUAGCUUGAUUUACAGGUCAGCUUGUAUAAAAGUUCACUGUUGAAAUAUUUUAUUUAGGUAGCUGUUACGAGUAUCAUAGAAUUGCGUUUAAAGGUAUUAUUCAUCAAUUUUAACGGAUUGCAACAAGGUAGAAACUAUUUCGACAGCAUUUAAACAUACAUUACUCUUUGUGGAAGUUAUUAUCGUAUUUCAACUGUCAUAAAUCAUAACGAGGAAGCAGCGGGAUCAUUUAUUCUGGUCCCAGGCGUCGUACAAAUCGGUCAACCGUAGUUCGUUGGUGCCCUUACAGUGAAUCGAUUCUGUACAGCUGUUUGUAACCACCCGCGUAGAUAUAGUCUGCAUUAUCUUUGCCAAAUAGAUGACCGUUCUAUUUUGAUUGUAUACUGAAAAUCGACUGUAUCCUUUCUAAGAGCAAUAGCCAUUAUCAAGUCACAUGCAUCUCUUGGCACAUUGUCUGUAAUUAAUUCGAUUGUUGUAAUGGAUUACCAUAUUAUUGUUUGGUAUGUAAUCAAUGUUGGAUAUAUUUUAUUGAUUCUUAUGAAAUUAUUCGAAAUU